AUGUCGCACAGUUGUGAACACGAACACACGCACGGUCACGGCGACCACGGUCACGAACACACGCCGCCAGCGGCCACGUACGCCACACAGUCGCUGUACCCGUACAUCGACACCACAAAGGUCCGUAUCCUGAACGGCUGUUCCGCGGGCCCCACCGACUCGGCACCCCUGCACAAGACCCUGUUGAAGCCACACUCGGAGCGGUUCGACACCACCCGCGCACUACAGAGCGACCAGGACGCACAGCUGAUCGUACACCUCCCAUUGCUUGGUCCCUGCAAGUUACAAUCCGUGAUUCUACGUUGUGCGCAGAGCGAGGAGGGGAGCACAGUGGGCUCGCCAAGAUGUGUCAAGCUACUCAAGGAUUGGAACAGACACUUGGAUUUCGAUACCGUGGGGCGCGCGCAGUGCCAAUGGCAGUUUGAACAACCGAACGUGGGUGUCCCCGCUGAAGUCAUCGCCUCCGCCGAUCUUGGCGAUGACUUCAUGGAGCACCACAUCCCCCGGAANAAGGGCAGCACUGUGUGCCAGCAGUCUGUGACGCUCUUCUUCGAGGACUGCUGGCCCCCGUCGACCCUCGCACGGGUCUACUACCUAGAGCUCCGCGGCGUGUUCCAAGGCGCACGCAGGACCGCGCAGCCGCUUGUCAUCGGGGGCGUGUACGAGUCGGCCCCGAACCCACUGGACCACCAGGCCGCGGCGUCUUCCGCGACGGGCGUCGACCUGUCCGCUGCCCAGCGGUGA